AUGAAAGAAGAUGUUCAGAGCUCCCUUCAGCAAUCGCCUGCAUUUCCCCUCGCAGAAUGGACGACAAAUACCGCCAUUGGCCUUACAAUCAAUGUCCUGAGACAGGGAGACGUGCCUCAGCACAUUGCGUUUAUCAUGGACGGAAAUAGGCGGUUCGCCAAAGAGGUCGGCAUCGAGGUCAAAGCUGGUCACAAACGCGGGUCCCUCCCGUUUCAAAAGCUUUGCGACUUUGGAUUUAGAACCGGCGUUAAAACAGUUACAGCAUUUGUAUUCAGCAUCGAAAACUACAAAAGGCCGCAAUCCGAAAUCGAUGGGCUCCUGGAGCUGCUGAGCGAAAAGAUGAAUGAUGUUUAUCUCAUGGCACAAAAGCACGAAGCUUGUGUUAGACUCCUGGGAGAGCGAGAACUCAUCCGACACGACGUUUUGGCGGAACUAGAAGAGUUGGAGGCCAAGACGAGAAACAACACCAAAGCUGCACUGAACAUGUGUUUCGCAUACACGGGGAGAGCGGAAAUCACUUCCGCCAUUCGGAGUGCAGUAUCUGAAAUGGCUGAUGAGCAGGCGACCGGGGAAUCAGAAGGACGCCAUAGCCAGGCAAUUGGUUUGGAAUCAAUUGAGAAGAAGCUAUACACUUCGGAUGAUCCCCCCUUGGACAUAGUCAUUAGAACAAGUGGUGCGGAGCGGCUGAGCGACUUCUUACUAUGGCAGUGCAACCAGGAUACCCAGAUAUAUUUCCUGAAAUGUCUAUGGCCCCAAAUUGGGGUGCUGCAUCUGAUCAUGGUUUUCAUGGAAUGGCAAUGGCGACGGAAGUAA